UUACGCAAAAUGACAUACAAACAUCCAGUUCAAUAUGAAAGAAAAAAGCUAGCUUCAUUAAGGAAUCGAACCCCAUAUGCCCGCGUUAAUGAGUUGUUCUCUGACCACUAACCCAUCAGGUCUUAGUACAUGCGAUUCAAGAGUUAACCACUUGACAAUCUUUAAACUUUGGUUGCCUAGCAAUUGUAAAGACAGUGAUGUGUGUACAUUGUGCGAGUAUCCGUCACUCGCGAUGUGUGUGCAGUCCAAAAUGAAAGAAAUAACCUUGCAUCACUAGGGAAUCGAACCCCCAAUCAUCAGUUGGUCGUUGGUAACUGUAACAAAGAGGUCGCAUUUUGUUUAACUGCUAACUAACAAACGGGUUUAUGCGUUCACUGAACAAAUAUUAUGGAGAUAAAAAAACACUUUUCCAUCAGAUCAACAGAACAGUUAUUACCAACCCAUAGACACUAAAAGCCAAAACCUUUCUCACAUGCACACCCAUCGCGAGUGACGUAGGACGUAAAGUCCCGCCCAGGUCGAAGUGGCGUCGAUUUAGAGAGUCCCAAAUACUAUAGAGCAAGAGACUCACUCUGCAAGUUUUUUUCUGUGCUGAGACAUCAACUUUGAGACAGACCUUUUUCCUCUGCCUUCCAAGGAUUAAAUUAAUAUUGUGAGAGGAUUCAUUUGAGCACGUUCUGUUUUUCAACGGUGAGGUUCCCCGAAAGGAAGUUCGUUUUCAAGGUAAGUCCUUAUGAAAUGGAUAAUUAUGUUUAUUGUAUUAAGUUAGCAUGGUUGCUUUGGAGGUUUGCUUUUGAUGCAGUUAUUGCAAGCAAAGGAUUUGCGACAAAAUAUUAAAGCCUGUGGCACAUGGGGGACAUUAAAGUGUAAUUCCGGCGCAAAUUGAACCCAGGAUCUUUGUUUUGGCAUUAAAACCCAUCAAAUAAGCCUUCCAGAUACCCUUUUCAUUGAAAAUCAAGUAUUAUAGUUUGCCGGGCGCAAUGUUUGGCUUCCAUGUUGUUGACUUGGGGCAUAGUGUUUCGCUUCUAAAUCCGCAUUUUUGAACCACUAAAUGGCACCAAACCUCUGCAGUAGCAUGACUAGGGUCCCUACACAUAAAACGAAGCACAAACAACUUAGUUUGGAAACCCGGAGUUUAUUUAAAAAGACAGUUUAACAAGCAUUACGGGUGGGCCGUGUUUACAGGAAGUCCACACAAGUCGAUUGCCGAAUGCGCCGGAGUUCAGUUCAAGGAGGAAAGUUUUGGAAUUUAUAUAAUAUAUAUUUAUAAGCAAGUGUUGACACGUAAAUUAAAGGAAUUGCAUAUGUAAGUUACAGUUACAAAAUAAUUGUUCGCUACAAUCAAGCAUGGCACGUUGUUGACGGAAGACGCACUGCACACGUGAUUGACGCAUAGAGUGAAGGACAGCUCAAGCACCGGAGAAGACGAACCAUCCACAGCUUGAAGUCAAGAGAGAGAUGGUUCGUCUUGGUGUUUUCCCCGGCUGCGGAAAAAAGAAAGAAAAAUUACACUCCAGAAACUUUCCAUAGACUGCCAUUGCGGUACAAUGACCGAUCUCUGGUAGAUUAGUGGCUUAUUGUUCUGAAUAUGGACAUUGAGACGCCAAUCAAGACGCUAAUGCAGAAGGAUCACCGUGUCUGCAGUGGUCAAGCGAAACACUAUGCCCCAAGUCAACAACAUGGACGCAAAACAUUGCGCCCGGCAAACUAUAAUACUCGAUUUUCAAUGAAACGGGUAUCUGGAAGGCUUAUUUGAUUGGUUUUAAUACCAAAACAAAGAUCCUGGGUUCAAUUUGCGCCGGAAUUACACUUUAAUCUGUAUGUUGCACAGUUGGUUAUACAUCAUUCACUCAAUUGGUUGACGUGCAUAAUAGGUUUGUAUUUUUAAUGUUAAAUGAAUGUUGAAUAUUCAACUAACUUAAAGGCACCCAGUGCAACUUUAUGUAAACAUUUAAUUUCUAGUCUUUUUUACACGUAGUAAGUUUCAAUAACUCCAUACCAUUACAUAUCGACAUUCAAGAAUCAAAGAUGAGACGUCGUUGUGUGGUGAGAACUGAUAGAAAAUCGUAAACAACAACAAUCGCCGGUGGGGAGAAGCCAUUUUUCCAUUGACUGGAAGCCUGCUUUAUUUAUUGUAGGUUACAAAAAAUAAAGAAAAUGGCGGCAUUGUUGUUGUUAUUGAUUUUGUAUCAGUUCUCACCACACAACCGACGUCUCAUCUUUGCUGCUUAAAUGUCGAUGCCCCGUCCCUCGCGCGCUUCGUCUGUAGCCAAGAUGAGAAUGAAGAAGAUUCUUCCAAUGGCAACGACUCUGGCAAAAGGCUUUGAGCCUGUGCAUGGCACUGGAGCACGUCAUUGUGUCAAGCCUUGGCCUGUCUCUCCCCACACUGAGAAGUUCAAUCGAUUGGUUCUCCCUCUUGAAUGUCCAGAUAAGCAGUUUGUGCUGUUUGUGGGCGACUCGCAUCUGCGUGCGUUGGCUGACGGUUACGUGAAGAUGCCAGACGGUUGCCUUUCUUUUGGGUUUCUGUCUACGCUUGGGGCGUCUGCCGCUGAGCUUCGCACUGAGUUGUUGAACGCAGACAUCGGUAGAACCCCAGACAUUGUAUGCUUGUUGGCCCCAAGCAACAAUCUUACGACGACGCCCAGCAUAGAAACCGCUGGAGUUGCCUUCAACAGACUUCUGAGAGCUGCCUGCAGUCGAUGGCCUAAGGUGUUUGUGCUCGAUUUCCCUCCCCGGCUGGCGAGUGAAUUGGCACCGCAACAAUUCCUUAGAGAGGAAUUUCGUCGCGUUGCAGCAAAGAAUGGUGUAAAUUACUGCCUCACAGCUGACCGCUUUCCGCUGGAUUCACGUGCCUUGUGGAGUCGUGAUGGGAUCCACCUGAGUGAUGAUCUGGGGAUGCAGGUUCUCGCGAAGUUGCUGUGGCAUUUCUCUUAUCGGCAGCUAGAGGCAGCUUCACCUCUGCCUGUUACACCUCCGCCUGUGGUUCCUCCCAGGUCACCCCCAACAGUGAGAUCAUUCACUACCACCGUGGUUGUGAAGGGAGAAGUUUCACGUCCACGUCCUCUUGACCCCUUCAAGGAAACUGUUGUCGGACGUCACGGCAAGCGCAGCCAACCUGAGAACUGGGAUGCGCCUGAGGACUGGGAUCAGUCUUGCAUGAGGAUCCUUCCUCAUGAGGUUUGUGUACCACCCGUGGUCCUGAAGGAAUACCCUGUCGUGCUAAACCCUAUCCUGUUUAGCACUGACACGUUGGCUGCAAUAGAUCGCAUUGUUCCUUCCAACCUUGACAGCCCUAUGUAUGCUACCAUGGUGAAUCACACAAAGAAACGGAAGGUGGCACAUGGAACCACAGCUGUUGAGUUUUCUCAACUGGAGGGGGAUGACAAGUCUCUGUGUGUUGAUGAGUGGCCGUUUCUUCAAACAGAGGUUUGUGAGAAGCUGAAGGUGAACCAGCCAACUGCUCAGGUUGUCUCUAGACAGAGGCAACAAGAGGAGCCAGCAGCUUGGGGGCCAAAAGUUUUGAAGGCCCAGGCUGAUAAACCAACAGCCAAUGAGACCAGCUUCUUGGGAUGUUCAACCAAGAUGACACACAUUGAGGACCAUGAGCAGGAUGAACCAGCACCUGAGGUCACUGCGAACAGUCAGCAGCAGAGCCCGUCUGAGGUCAAUGGCCAGCUUGAAGAUCCUCAUGUAACACGUGGCAAUCAGAAGGCACCCUGUGAUGUUGCACCUGCCAGAGCUGCUAAAUCAAGUCAUGUGACUUAUGAGAACCCUGGGUGUCUUAAAGGAUCGUUUGAUCAGAGCAGCCACAUAUUUGGGGAAAAUGCAGGUAUGCAGUGUGCUACAAAUAGCAUAGCGGCGAUUAUGACCCAUGCCACCCAUAGCGUUCUCAAAUGGAAAAAAAGAAACGUUCAUCAUGUUCUAAAACAAGGAAAUGGCUUGUACACAUCUAUGAUAGAAAAUAAUGAAAUCAGUUCAGCCAACACCUCUGGGUAUAUUUACAUUGCUGAGUUACCCAGACACUGCAAAUUAAACAAUAAAUUGUUUAGUUUGGAAUAUUUUGAUACUCUCACUGGAGGUCUUGAUCGAAAGGAUGAUUAUGACGCUUCUGUGCAAAACAUAGUCAUGCCUUUAAAAGAGGCUAUUCAGAAGACACUGCUGCAGACAGACACAUGCUUGCUUAACAUCAAAGAAAAUGUCUGUGCAGUUUUCAAGGUCAAAACUGCUUUUGCAGUUUUUGAUCCUCAUUCUCGUAGUACUUGGGGUUCGGUUGCACCGGAUGGAACCAGCAUAGUAGCGCACUAUGCUACUGUGAAUGAGUUAUAUGACCAUAUUGAGAACCUUGUCAAUUCCUUAUAUCAAAAUGAUCCACAUGCCCCAAACAAAUUGUUUGAAGUCACAGGAGUGAAAGCUGUUGAAGUAAACUCACCAUUUACUGCUUUAACUGCACAGCCUGAAGCCAGCACUUCGACACAUGACGGUACUUUUGACACUGACAGUGACUCGGAUCUCUGUGUACUUUCGGUAACAGAUAGAAAUUCCCUCUCAGUAAACACGUCUUUUUCCCUUGAAACUGUGCAGCCUGUAGCAAACACUUCCAAAUGUGACACAACUGUAAACAUUGACAGUGAUCUUCCAAUUCACACAGAUGGUGCAUCAGAUGUCUGUUUAAUUUCUGUAACAGAUAGCCCCAAUAUAAUAUUUAAUGGAUUGACAUUAAGGGAAAAAAACAGGAUCUGCAACAAACUGAAUAUCGUACCAAGUUUAGAUCAAAAAAUUGUUGGACAAACCUUCGAUAUGGGACAGCCUGAACCAUGCAAAACAACAUCCAUUGAAGGUGACGGUAAUUGUUUCUUUCGUUCUCUUUCGUCUGUAAUUAGUGGUUGUGAGUCAUAUCACAAGGCCUUUAGAAAGGCUGUAGUGAAUCACAUCUCAAAUAAUCCACUUCAUUACAUUACUGAAUUUGCUUCUGUGGAGCAAUAUCUCAGGGACUCAAAAAUGAAAUAUGUUGGAUCUUGGGCAACGGUGUUGGAAAUACAAGCUUCUGCAGAUUUGCUCUGUGUUGAUAUUUACACAUACAGUCAACAGAAAUGGAAUACGUUUACGUCAAACAUUGAGCCGAUUUUAAGAAAAGCUAUAUAUCUGAAACACUCCAAUGAACGCCAUUAUGAACCAAUUGCAUGUGUCAAAGAAAAAACCUCUCUUACAUGCUUUAGUUUAACUAGCUUCUGUGAAAUGUCACACAAAAUGUCCAAUGCAGACCUUGUUUCACCACGUAAAAAAGGUAGUGAUAAAGUAAAAAAUCGAAGAAAAAGGAAAAGAUAUGCUGAAGACGCAGAAUAUAGGCAAUUUAAAAAGCUGAAAACGCAACUAAGAUAUUAUUAUGAUGAACAGUAUCAAGCAAAUCAGAAAGCUAGCAGUAUCGAAAAAUAUGCUAAUAAUGAAGCGUUCAGAGAACAAGUAAAAAAGAGCAGUAUUGAAAAAUAUGCUAUAAUGAAGCGUUCAAAGAACAAGUAAUAAACAGCAGUAUCGAAAAAUAUGUAAAUAAUCCUGCCCAUCGUAACCAGGUGAAACAAAGAAAUCAAAUACAGAGAAGAUCCUGUCAUGGUCUGUCGUGUUUUGGUGUGUUUCCCUGUGUUUCCCGCCUGUGUUGAUUACUGCUCCCUCCCCUAAUGUGUCUCAGCUGUUCCUCGUUGCGUUUGCUACUUAAGCCCUUGUCUUUCCUUUGUUCCUCGUGCUGUCAUUGUGGUUAGUUCGUCCUGCGUGUUCUCUGUUGUCA